UUGACGGGCAGGCUGAAACCACCAAUCAGCGUGCCUCCUUGCGUGCCGCUGCAGCGCAGGGGAAAAGCACCGGGCCAUUGACGAAAAAGCUCAGUCAGGUUUAGUGAUUCGGAGUAGACGCUUCAGUAAAGCAAGUGCGUAGACGGGUACAGCGGCUCUCGACACGUUGUACAUUAUUUGCUGGAUAUUUCUACAGCCUUUUCCACACACACAAGACGUUUAUACACAGCAAAAAGCUCCCACAAAGCAGAUCCAGACGUGGUUGUCUCCGCCCCCCUGUAACGUCGGACCUAUCCCCCGUCCCUCUUGUCACGCAGAUAGCAUGGACAGAUUCUAUGACCAGCAGGUCCCAUUUAUGGUCCCGCCCAGUCAGAGCUCAGCCGCGGACGAGUCGCCCAGCAGUCGGCCACUGAGCGACAGGAAGAGGAAGUUUGUGGACACAGAACUUGCUCAGGACACGGAAGAACUCUUUCAAGAUCUCAGUCAGCUGCAAGAGAUCUGGAUCGCAGAAGCCCAAGUUCCAGACGAUGAACAGUUUGUCCCAGAUUUCCAGUCAGAGAGCUUGAUGUUUCAUGGACCUCCACCGGCCAAGAUCAAACGAGGGCUGACUUCCACACAGGAUCUGUCUCCGUGCCGGCAGGACAGGAGUCCCAUGCCCUACGGAGAGAAGUGCCUUUACAGCUAUAGUGCCUGCGAUGGAAAGCCGGCCCCUGGAUUCAAGCCAUUAACUCCACCCUCUACACCGGGCUCACCUUGUGUCCCCACCAGCACAGCACUAACACAGACGCCCCCUCCUCAUUCCCACGUGGCCAACCAGACCCCAGGGCUACAGCCUCCCAACCAGCAGACUCUCCCCAUUCACAGCCCCCCCUUCGCCGUGCCCUGCGUGCCCCUGAGCCAGGAUGCAAGCAACUUCUCAACCGAGCACAGGUUCCAGAGGCAGAUGUCAGAACCGUGUAUACCUUUCCCCCCGUCUGAGAGCCAAAGCCGCCCCCAGUUCCUGCCGCAGCCCCCCAGCAGCGUUAGCAGCAGCCUGCCACAUGACGGCCGCCCACCAUACCACAGGCAGAUGUCAGAGCCUCUGGUGGCCGUGCCUCCUCAGGGCUUCAAGCAGGAGCUCGUCGACCCUCGAUACGGCGAGCAGGGCGUGCCCACCAUGGGCCCCCCGCGGCAGCCUGCGUUCCUCCCCAUGGCCAUUAAACAGGAGCCUCGUGACUUCUGCUUCGACUCCGAAGUGCCUAACUGCCAGUCAUCCUUUGGGAGAGCAGGGAGCUUCUACCAAAAUCCCCACGAGGGUUACUCGUAUGACAGAGAUUCCCAGCUCUACUUUGAUGAUACGUGUGUGGUUCCUGAAAGGUUAGACGGGAAAAUAAAGCAGGAGCCCUCCGCUUAUCGGGACGGCCCUCCUUACCAGCGCCGCGGCUCGCUGCAGCUCUGGCAGUUCCUGGUCACCCUGCUGGACGACCCAGCCAACGGACACUUCAUCGCCUGGACGGGGCGGGGCAUGGAGUUCAAGCUCAUCGAGCCCGAGGAGGUGGCGCGCCGCUGGGGCAUCCAGAAAAACCGACCCGCCAUGAACUACGACAAGCUGAGCCGCUCGCUGCGGUAUUACUACGAGAAGGGCAUCAUGCAGAAGGUGGCGGGCGAGCGGUAUGUGUACAAGUUCGUGUGUGACCCUGAGGCCUUGUUCUCCAUGGCGUUCCCUGACAACCAAAGGCCUAACCUGAAGGUGGACCUGGACAGCCUGCCGGGCCUGGAGGACGACACCGUGCCCCUCUCCCACUAUGACGACGGCGCCUCCUACCUGCUGGACACGGGGGAGCAAUGUGCGGCCGCUCUGCCCUUCCCCGACGGCUAUGGCUACUAACGGGCUGCACGUGUCAUGAUGCACAACACACACGUACAUGCAAACACUCCCAAAGUUUUCUCCUCAUGCCCGCUCUGAAAAUCCAGAGCUGCAACCGCUGAGCUCCCUGGAGGGGAAGCCCGCUGCUCCUUGUGGGUUCCCUCUCGUGCUCCCUGGAAACCCCUCCUCUGAAACCUCUGGAAGCUCGCGGACGAGGGAAGAACCUGAGCCGGCUCCUCUGCUGCAAGGAGAGGUCCCUGAAACCAGGGUGGACUGGACUCUGUAGCUGCAGAGCUCUCCAAAGCAAGGCGAGGGCUGUCUUGGCCAUGGAGACCAAACAACGCAAGCUCUAAAGGCCGGCAGCUUCGAGUGGACCGCCAGAUGCUCUCUGUACCAGACUGCAGGAGCCGUUGUCUGUCUGACGUUGUGACAAUCCGUUUAGCAGCAGCCAAUCACAAGAUGGUUCUGAUUCAGCACUAUUCUCUCUAGAGUUGCCUUUCUGGGUUCCCCUGUUUUCAUGUCGCCACACAUCAGUGAAAGGGCUCCAAUUUGCAUAAAAACAAGCGUACAGACGGGUUUGUCUCUGUAGAUAGUACAUCCUUUCUAACACUCCAGCUGUUCUCGCUUGUCUGUCUGGGCCUCACCGGACCUCGGGCUUGUGGGUCGGGCUGCUCCGUUAUGUCGGCGUUUCAUUCUGUGUAAGAUGUUUUGUGCUGAACUCCAGUCCCGGGAACUUCUCGAGGCUUGCGUUUCUCAUUGUUCUAUAUAGGUGCUUGCCGUGUCGUCUGCGGCGUUCUCAGUCCUCUAAUGCGGCGGUACGCCGGGGGCAUCGGGGAGCUGCAUGCAUCCACAAACGGCGGGGCAGAAGCGGUCCGCUGCGGACCCCUCUGUGGACCUCCACUUCUCUGCAUGCUGGGAUCAGUCCUCCGACGGAUCUCUUUCUCUGGAGUUGGACAAAGACAUUUGUGAUAUUCCUUUCCUUGUCUUUUUGUUUCUGAAUUCUGGCAAAGACAAACUUAUAUAAAGUCUAUAUUUUUUCUAUUUGGCUGCAUUGGUUCUGGUUUUAAAGUGUAAGCUGUAAUAAACAUGUUCCUGUCCUGAU